ACAAUGGGGUAGGGUUUCGGUAGAGGGAUUUAAAUGUUUUACCGCAUUGUUACGCCUUUAAUCGCGAUCAUUAUUAAAAUAAUUCCGUGGAGAUCGGGUGUCAUUCUACACUUUAACAAAGGCUUAUGAGAGGAAAUAUAGUGUACAAUUUGUGUUAGUUUCUUAUUUGCCGUAAACCGAAUACAAUCUCACUACUAAAAUCAGGAAUGGCAGAUCGGCCGAUGUCCACGCAGAGCAAUCUGACCCAUCUGACGGAGCGCACAGAUCGCACGCACGCCACGACCGUAGUGAGCGCCCGGACCACGCCCGUCACUCCCGCUCACCAGUCCUGGACGGCAUACAAGGGACCCGUUCUCUUCACUGGCCCGAGCGGUCUCCGAGACCAGCGCGUCAAAACGCUUCAGCACGAGUUCAUAUCGGUCGGCGAGAACGAGGCGAGCACGGAGAUCACAAGCCAGAUGGCCUAUCUGAACAGGGCCGCUCCCGGGGCGCAGUUCCCGAAGGCCAAGAACGGACAGGUCGGCGAGAUAGGCUGGGUGUACGACGCGCUGCACCUCGUCAAGGGCAUCUAAAAGCGUCACCCAUCCAUUUACGAAAUAUAUUGUCAUUGGUUACCGAGAGUUCAUUAUCUGUUACCAACCAUACACAAUGGCGAUCUGAACCUUGUGCUUUACUAUGUCAUCUUGGACAAAUAAGUUUUAAAACUAUAUCAGGCACUUGCGGUAUACAGUCACAAGCAACACAGUGCCAUUUCACGCCAAUAGUUAUAAAUUAUUUAUUAAAAUAUUUGCUCAUUGAGCUCUUCGAAAAACCGUAUAACCUGUAUAUCAAAUAACGAACGAAUUCGCUAGAACAAAAGAUAUUCCAUAUACAGGUUUGGAUUUGGAAACAUCAGUUAGGCAUAGGUAACAAUCUUUCAAAUAUGAAACACACGACACAGAUGUAACCUGUCAUAUGCAAUACUGGGAAAAAAAUGCAGAAACGAACAAAGAGCUAUAAUCAGUGCAUCUAUUCGCCCAUUUUCGGUCAUUGAAAUAUGCGGUUGCUGUUUUAUCAACUUACAUUUAAACUUAGUUACCCAGGAAAACCCAUAAGAUAAAAGCCGGUGCACACUAAUCAAUGUAAAUGAUAUAAAUUGUCUGCGUUUGGAAUGAUGGUUGGAUGGGUGGGUAUAAACAUUCCUGAACAAAUUGCUCAAUUGUAUAUUUCAUAAAUGAAAUGUGAAUGUAUGUUUGCCUUUAAUUUUAAUUUCCUAAUUCAUUUGCUGAUCUUCGCUUCAAAUGUAUAUUUCAUCAUGCACGUUUAAAAUAAUGAAUGUGUAAUUGUACGAAAGCUUUUAUGAAUAUAACGCGGUUUUUGUAUUUUGAAGUUUCUUUGUGUUCCAAAUUAGUAUAUACAUAUUUAUACAUAUUUACAACUUUGCAGUGAUGAAACAAUUAAUAAAUGUCUUUUUCUCACUAGAUGUCUUUGAAAACUAUGUACAAAAAUGUAGCUUGCUUGGUUUCCAUUCUUUUUUGUGCCAUUAUCACGACAAAUAUCCAUACGCGCGUGUCGGUUGGUUUCAAUUGAUAUAUAUAAAUAAUUGAUAUCAUUGACUUUCAUGAUAAAUGAAUGAUAUACAGAAAUUUAUUGACACAUUAAUAGAUUUGAAAGUCGUUGAAGCAAACGAAAUUAUAUUUCUUUAUUGCUUAUUUAAAAUAUAAUAAAGCAAGUGUACCUAUUGUAAAUUACUACAUGUUUGUUGCUGCAAAAAAAAACGUUGAUGAAAUCGCCUUACAUUUGUCAAUUCAAGUUUUCUUUAACAAUAAUUAACGGUUUAAGUAUAACUUAUCGACUCUGUUGAAAAUACCAAUAUGAAAACGUCAAACAAUUUUAAAUUUGUCAAAUCUGGUGCGAGUUAUCAUUUGUUGUAAAUGCAUUUACUUCAAGAGGGCCACAUUUCACAUAUCACUUUCUGUGAAAGUAACGGAUUAUGCAGUGACUGUAGAACACAGACAACGAGAUGUAGUUGUAGAGUUGCUGUGCAAUUAGUUUAGACUGUAGCUGUAGACAACCCGUAGCUAGAAAAUAGUCCCUAGAUCAUUAGCAUAGUCCGCUUUGCUGUGGCCAACCAGGCAUGCGGUGGCGUAGCUUAGAAAAGUAGUUCAUAGUCGUAGAGUAGAUGGCUUGCAGUGCAGUAGUAGUAGACAGUAGUUGUAGCAUAUGUAGUUGUAGAAUAUGUAGAAGUAGAUUAUAGUACUAGACGUGUGCUGUGAUGUGUGUUGGUGGUGGCUUCAACCUGGAAAUAUGGCUCUCUUGAACAGCGCUAGAAACUGUCUUUGUAUAUGGAAUUUUGGACAGCGGUACCGGUAUAUAUUGCGUCUGCUAUCGACAUUAUUUCUGUUAAUGUUUCAUUAUUUCAGAACACCCAAUAAGAUGUUUCUCGCCAGACAUUUUAUUUGGUAAUUAAUGUUUACAAGGCAACAAUCUACACACACACGCGGCACAGAUUAAGAAUGAUUUAUAUACAAAAAAAUAUUAUUGUGUGACUCCUAUUAUAUAUCCCUAGAUAAAACAUCAUUUAUUUUGUUAAUUUGGCUUGCAUAAUUACAUAAUGGAAAAUAUGAUAUGCUGAUUGAUAUUGAAAUUGUUGUAUGAGUUGCUCCACUGUUGCGUUGAAGGCGUGAAUGUGAACUAAACAUAUAGGAUUAUUUUAAUAUCGUCGAUUUAUGGAGCGUUGACAAAAUGGGGGUUUAUUGUAAGUUGCAUAAAAUCUUUUCAAUAUGUGUUAUAUUAGAUUUCAUCUAUCUUGUCGAGUGUAUUACUUAGUAUUAGAUUGUUGGUUGAUAUUUCAGUAUAAUUAAACUUGUCUUAGUUGCAUGUUGUUGAUUUAGAUAUUUUAUAGUUGCAAAUUAGCUGUUGAAUUUAGAUGUUUUUAUUAUAGUUAUAUUUAUUUAUAAAAUUUAAGUUGGUGAUAAUAGAUUAUAGAAAAUAAAUUAUUGCUAAAACUGAA